AUGUCUGCUCGUGCCGCUUCUCGCACCAUCAAAUCCGCCAUGGCCCACCUUCAAACCCGUUCCCUCUCUAGCACCUCCCGGCCCAGGCAUCUUCUCUCGAUCAGCGACCUAAGCCCGGCCGAGUUCACCAAGCUCGUUCUCAAUGCCUCCUCCCACAAGAAUGCCGUCAAGGCCGCGUUUGCUACCGGAGAGCAGCCGCCGAAACCGCUUCAUGGAUCCCUAGCCGGCAAGACGGUGGCCAUGAUGUUCAGCAAACGCAGCACCCGGACCCGUGUCUCGACAGAAGCGGCCGUGCAAUUAAUGGCCGGUCACCCAAUGUUCCUGGGCAAGGAUGACAUUCAACUCGGGGUAAACGAAUCACUCUACGACACCUCCGUCGUGAUCUCCUCCAUGACCUCAUGCAUGGUCGCCCGCGUGAACGCCCACAAGGAGGUCACCGACCUGGCGCAGCACUCCUCCGUGCCCGUCAUCAACGCGCUGUCAAGCGACUACCACCCGCUCCAGACCAUCGCCGACUUCCAGACCAUCCACGAGAACUUCCCCGGCCGCACGCCGUCCGACGCUAGCCUGGGGCUCGAGGGUCUCAAGGUCGCGUGGGUAGGCGACUCUAACAACGUGCUCUUCGACCUGGCCAUCGCCUGCGUCAAGAUGGGCGUUGACAUCUCUGUUGCCUCGCCGCAGGGGUACGGCAUCCCCGAAGCGAUGCGCCAGAUCAUUCUCGCUGCGUCGGAGGGCGUAGCCCGCCCCGGCAAGCUCGCCGAGACGCAGGUGCCUGAGGAGGCGAUUCAGAACGCGGACAUCUUGGUGACUGAUACCUGGGUGUCGAUGGGCCAGGAAGAGGAGAGCCAGAAGCGGCUCAAGGCGUUUGCCGGCUACCAAAUUACCAACGAGCUGGCGAAGCGUGGUGGGGCCAAGCCGGACUGGAAGUUCAUGCACUGCCUGCCGAGGCACCCCGAGGAAGUCCACGAUGAGGUCUUCUACAGCGAUCGGUCGCUUGUCUUUCCCGAGGCUGAGAAUCGGCUAUGGGCCGCUGUCGCUGCCCUGGAAGCAUUUGUGGUUAACAAGGGCAAGAUUUUGUAA